UCUUGCGAGCUGGAGGUACGGAGCCGCACGUAGUUUUCGAAAGCGCCCAAACGGUGACCUUUCUGUUGGUGAACACUGUUCGUGAUUGUGUGUAGACUAGAGCUAGUGUUCAUGUGAAGGUUGUUGCUACUUGUGUUGUACUACCAGAUCCGUCCCGUGCGCAGCGCUUCACGCAAUCUGGUGACCUAAUAUGAGACUGAAUCUUUGGUUUAUAGAAAACUUCAAUCCAGCAGCUAACCGCCGACUAACAGUUUUCGUGCACACGCUUUGAGUGCGUUAGAAAUACACAAUAGGAAACAACAAAUACACAACAGGAAAAUGCACCGUUGUAUAGCGUGGUGCUUUACGAUUGUUGCCAUGCUGGCCAUUGCUCUGAUACCAGCUGCAGAAUCGACGCUACAACCGAAAGCACCAAAUUUCCAAUAUUUUGAAAGACCAAAGUACCGGUAUCCUUAUUACGAUGAGAACGGCAAAGGAAAGCUCUUGUACGGUUACGGAGGGCCGGAGUUGUACCAAUACAAAAGCUUCUCACCGCUGGAUGGAAUACACUAGAAAAUAGGAGCCUACUGAAGGAACCGUUGAUCCAAAAAUCCACCUCGUGUUAUCCAGUUUACUAAAUCCUAUUGCCUGUUUCCCAAUGUCGUUUAGUUCACGCUAUUUGUAAGAGUCCUGAAUAGGUCAUUCGGCGGUUCAAACUAGGAUACAUGGCCGGAUAGCAGCAAUUUUCAAAGACUUCAUAGUAACUAUUAGUGUGCAAGGAAAAGCUACA